AUGGAUCACAAAGACGUCUCUUCUGCCCACGGCAACCUUCCCAUGCAACAUACACACGACCUCGACAACAAGCCCAAAGCUCUCAAUGAUCUGCCCGUAUCUGCCCAGCGACCUACAGUAGCCCUUGCAGCAGAUCCUACUCACGAUCCGGAAGACCCUUUGCGACAAAAGAAGCACGGAGACCCCGAAAAGCUCGAAACCUCCUCCGAACACGACACGAACCUAGGCGACGUAUCCGAUAUCCAGAAUGCAAGCAAACGCCCCACAAGCAGUGCAGGAACGAAGAAACUCAACACAACACAAACUGUCAUCAUCUUCAUGACCAAUGAGAUCGGCAUCGGUAUCUUGUCAUUGCCAGCCGCUCUGAACACCCUUGGGUUCUUCCCUGGUAUCAUUGCCAUUGUCGGUAUGGGAAUGCUUAGCUUGUACACUGCCUAUAAUCUCGUUCAGUACUGGCGCAAGUAUCCUUACAUGCUCAACAUUGUCGACUACGGACGCGUCCUCGGCGGUCCCUGGCUCGAAGCCGUCUUUGCCAUUGGUUUCCUCAUCAACAUGGCUCUCAUCAGCGCAUCGGCGGUGGUCACUAUCUCGAUCGGUCUCAACACUGUCAGCGAACACGCGACCUGCACGGUCGCCUUCUCGGUCGUCGCGGCCAUUGCCAUGUGGGCCAUGUGCGUACCGCGUAGUAUGCGUUUCGUGUCAUGGGCAUCCUGGCCCUGCACCAUCUCCAUCUUCUCGGCCGUCAUGUUCGUCAUGAUUGUGCUUGGUGUUCAGGGUCCCCGCAAUGCGGAAGCACCUCUCAACCUGAAAGCUAUUGGAAGUCCCACGUUCACGGAAGCUGUCGCUGCGUUCCUGAACAUCGCGUUUGCUUUCAGCGGCAAUCAAGCUUUUCCGACUGUCCUUGCUGAGAUGGAGGACCCCUCUCGCGACUACCCACGCGCUGUCACCAUUGAGAAGUGCGCCACUACCACCAUCUACUGCAUCGUCGCUGCGGUCGUCUACGCCCUUUCCGGUGAAUCCGUCGCUUCGCCAGCGCUCGGAUCUCUCCAACCCUUGAUGGCAAAGGUCGCUUACGGAAUCAUCUUUGUUGGACUCCUUGGCACUGGUUUGGUGUUCGGCAUGACCGCCGCGCGCUACCUGCACGUCUUCUUCCUGCGCGAGAUCGGCACUCGCCAGGCCAAGAAAGAUGGAAGCUUCAACGCUGAAGUCUCAUCUAGCGCUUCCGGAUCGUCGCGUGGCCGCCGCGCUUCCAUCGCAAUGGGUGACGUCGGUAACAAGACUGAAUGGGCUGUCUGGCUCUUCUCGGUUACCCUCUUCUGGGUCGUCGUGUGGAUCCUCGCCAACGCUAUUCCGGUGUUCAGCUCCCUUCUCAACAUUUCCGCCGCGCUUCUGCUAUCAUGGUUCACCUGGGGUGUUACUGUGCUUUUCUGGUUCCAUCUCAACUGGAACGGCAAGUGGCGAUCAAGUACAAAGAAGCUUGCGACGGCCGCUCUCAACGUGUUCAUCAUGUCGGUCACGCUCUUCAUGAUGGUACCUGGCAUGUACGCCAGUAUCCGCGCUUUGAUGAACACAUUUGCCACAACAGAUGUCAACGGCGCAUUUACAUGUGCGGACAACAGCAUCUUGUAA